AUGAGGGACCGGAGACGCGCAGGGACGCGUGCCUCCUUACAGCUGCCAAAACGCCCGUUCGCCCAACACCACCGCGAACAGGGGCCGCCCCCGCCCGCUCGUCAGGGAGGACACCCCCUCCAGGGGGACCCACGCCCUCGCCGCACCGCGGCUUCGCUCUGGGGACCUCCCCGAGCCUCGCUGCCUCGGCCUCAGAGCCCUCUCAGGAGGCGGCGGAGGGAGGAAGGAGGGCCCGACCAGGGCCUGCCUGCCUGGACGACAACCAACCCCGCCCGGGGACGGCGGGGAGCCGACCACGCUCGGGAUACCCGUCCGCGGCCGCGAGGGAGCCCGCCCACCGAGGCCUCGCUCGCCGGCCCCGGCGCCGCCCGCCCGCCCGCCAGCCAGCCAGCCAACGCCAGCGAACCCCCUUCGUCCCCAUACACUUGUCGCCGCGGCCGUUCCGCCCCCACCACCCCAAACAGGCCGCCCUCUCGCCCGCCCGUCAAGGCGCACGCCCCCUCGCAGCCCCCGACAGACCCGAGGGACCCAGGCCUUGCCCGCGCUCCCGGACGCCCGGGAGGCCCGGGAGCGCGCAGCCCGGCUGCGGCCCGCAACACAGCAGGGCGAAGCUGCUCGGAGGCAGGGAACGUGCUGCACGGCCGGACCAAGAGGCCAAGAGGCGAGGGCCAGCGUGCGCGGGUGGUCGAAAAAGGGGCCUUGCCCGCUCGCAAGGCCAACGGCAACGGCGGCAAGCGACCGUCCGCACACGGCCUGCCUGCCUGCCUGCCGUCCGUCGUCCGUCCACCAACUGCGGCCACAGCCAGCUCGAACCCCUGCCGCCAACCGACCGUCACGGCCGGGGGAAGGCGGCGCCCAGGCCGCCCGGCCGCGACCGCCAUGGGGCCGCCGCCUCGCCCCGCGCGUCUCGCUCUCUCUCAGCCGCUGGCCCGGACCAGCCGCGCCCCCAGUAUAGGGUUAGCGGCGCGGCCGUUCACCCACCACGACCGGGAACAGGUCCUCCCGCUGCUCCUGUCCCACCGGGUGGAGGGCUCAGAGGAACGACGCCGGCAACCGGUGUACCGGCUUCGGGGCCAGACCCCGUUGGCAGGGGAAAUUCUCGUAAAUCCCCCGCCCGCAGGCCCCGCAAAAUGCCCUGGAAACC